AUUCAUUUCAUUCCAAAAAAUUCUAACAGAUUUGUUAAUUUCAGUAAUUUCAUAAUAGUUUUUCACUUGACUGAUUUUUCUUCUGUCCUCAUAAAUGUGCACAUAUUCUUAAAAUUCGUCAGUGUGAGACACCUCAUCGCUCAAAUUUGCAAUGGGCAAGAAUUUGGAACAGCCGGAUGACCAACUAUAUUGGAGAGAUAAACGCCUUCGUGACCGCUUGGGAUUUGCUCUGGAACACGAUAAGCUCUACAAGGAUAUACAUUUCCUCCUCGGAAAACAGGAAAUCCGAAUUUCUGCUCACAAAUUAAUCCUGAGACUCAGCUCAGUCGUUUUUGAAAAUAUAAUAACUGCCCAUGAACAGCAAGGAAUUGAUGAAAUUCGACUGCCCAACACAUCACCAGAGGUGUUCCGUAAAUUAUUAAAAUUUGUCUACACGGACGAAAUAGAAAUGUUCGACUUGUCCAAAUUUCUCGAUGCGGCUAGGGAAUUUGGUUUCUCGAAAUUGGAUGAACAAGUUCUCCAGGUUCUCAAAAAGACUAAACUAAAUGUGGACAAUGCAGCAUACCUACUCGACAUUGGAAAACAAAUGAACGACAAGGAACUGGAGAGCAAUAGUCUGAAUUACAUUGUAAACAAUGGGAAACAAGUUUUAAAUUCGUCUAGUUUCGUGCAAAUCUCUCAUCUUGGCCUUUGUCAGAUCUUACUUGAAGAUAGAUUAGCUGUUGACGAGUUAGAAGUUUUCAAAUCAACUAUGAGAUGGGCAGAAUUUCAAUGCACUAAAUCAACUUUAUCUCCAAGUUCGGAGAAUAUCAGGGAAGUUUUAAAAGAUGCUCGGCUCUAUAUACGUUACUUUCAAAUUGACUAUGAAGAUUUCCUAUCUCAAGUAAAACCAACAGGGAUUUUAGCUAGUUCGGAAUUUAUUCAAGUUUGUAAACAUUUUGCGGAUCCUACAGUGAAUCUGUUAGGGUUGCCCAUAAAACCACGAGCUGUUUUGCCUUCAGUCCAGAAGAAGCAGAUAAUUAAACAAAAUAUUGAAUAUGACGACAUGAUACCAGCCAAGUUAGCGAAAGUAGAUGACAAAAUUUCGAAUGGUCCACCACCACCGGAAGACGACCGAACAACAGAAUUUCGAAUGUUUUCAACAUUUAUUGACUUUCGCGAAUUACUCGAUUCUAUUCAGCAGCGAUAUGGAGUUUCAAAAGUGAUACUCCACGAUGUAAUCGUACAAAAUGCAGAGUGUUAUCGAGGUCGACGUGUACAUUUACCCAAUUUGGAUACGUUUUACUUUUACUUGAAGCCAGAUGAUCCAGCCCUGGCACCUCCUGCAUUACUCCCUGAUCGAAGCUUUAUGUGUGGACUAAGUAGCAAAGAUUUCCUGUUUUUCGAAAAGAAUAGAAUAGUUCCAUGGGAGUUUAAAGAUUUGUGGGGAUUAGGUAUUGAAAUUCUUUUACAUGUCAAGGGCCUAAGAAUACUAGACAUAAAUCAAUCCAGAAAGGAGCUUACCUUAUCAUUUCCUCAUGUAGUGGAAGCUGCAGAAAUUUUUUACAGCCUGACCGAAGAGACUGAAUUGAAAUCAUUGUGCGUAACUGCAUCAAAUUUUGCCGAAGUCGAAGAUGCGUACAUCAGCAGCAUGGAUUUAUGUAGCGUAUUUUCAGCCACAUCCAAUAAACUCACAACUUUGGUUCUUCAAGGAGUGGAAUUCAAGAAUCCAAUUUCAGCCAUCAAGUUUAUAAACCUGUUUCCGAAUCUCAAAUAUUUAAGUUUAUACAUUGUCAACAAUAUUUCAAUCGAUUUCCAAAUAGAUUUACAGCAACGAGCAACUCUUGAAAAAAUUACUUUAUCCAAGGUUGAUAUCAAAACUUACAAAAAAAGAAAAGGAGUCAUACCAUUUGUUAAAUGUGAAGAAUUAUAUCUAGAUGUAUGCUCAUGGCCUCCAGUUUUCGGAGAACACUUUUCGUUGUUAUUUCCGAACCUGAGGAAAGUUGUCAUAAGAUCUAUGGGCCAUUGUCGUUGUUCAGCUCGGUUGUUUACGGAACUACUGGAAAUAAAACCACUUAAACACAUUGCAAUAUGUACAUAUCCUGGUCCUGAAGAUCCUGCUUUCAACAAUCCAAACUUGAAUAUUUUCUUGCCUCCCAAUGGUGUAAGUAAAAAAGCAGUGUUCAACUUUCUUACCAAAGCGGGUGUGCAACUUAAUGCGGAAGGACCAGAAGUACCAAAUUUCAUUCUGGAAAAGAAUUUCGACGCAAACAAAUGGAAAACUAUACCAGACGCAGAAAACGACCUACUGGAUCAAAUGCACUUUGAGUUAUCCAUGUUGGACAGGUUCUUUGAUGAUAGGUACAUAACCAAGUUAGUUCAUUAAUUAAUGAUAUGUACAUUAUUUAUUAUAUUAUAUAGUUAUACAAAACUACUCUGUACUUGUUCCUGCAUUUACUUUUUAUUCUGUGAUAAUACACCAAAAUAUUUUCAUCAUGACCCCUAGUAA